AUGCGAUAUCUUAUCAUUAUGGAAAUACAGUGGUUGUUUGUGGUGUUGAUAUUUGAAUUUACUGCGAGUGGUUUAAAAAUUGGUGAGCCAAAUGUGUGCCAGUAUGGGCGAAGACGUAAAGCCGGUUGUUGUAUCGGAUACACAUAUGAUAGUAGCAGUAAUUCCUGCCGUGCAAAAUGCAAGGACGGCUGUAUCAAUGGUACGUGCGUCACACCAAACAACUGCGUCUGCACACCACCAUUAGUCCUUCUCAAUGGGAAUAAAUGUGUUAACCCCAUUUGCGACCAACCCUGUACCCAUGGACAAUGUACUUCAAGAAAUGUCUGUACUUGCGAGACAGGAUAUGCACACGUCGAUCAGUUUACAUGCAAACCAGUUUGUGACCCAACCUGUGAAAAUGGAAAUUGUGAAGCCCCAAAUAUAUGUACUUGUACCGUCGGCUAUACAUUAGUCAACAGAACUUGCCAACCUGUAUGUAACGAAUGUUAUAACGGCGAAUGUAUCGCUCCAAACGAUUGUAAAUGUAAUACAGGAUAUACGAAACAGAAUAGUAUCUGCCUGCCUGAUUGCCAACGUCCUUGCGUUAAUGGAAUUUGUUCUGGACCUGAUAAGUGUUCAUGUAAUGUCGGCUUUGCUAUCAAUCCUUUGGAUAGAUUUAAUUGCCAACCCGUCUGCGAAACACCAUGCGUUAACGCUACGUGCGUUUCUCCCGGCACGUGUUCUUGUUUCUCUGGAUAUUUGCCGCUUAAUGAUACAGUCUGUACACCAAAAUGUGACAACUGUAUACACGGAGAUUGCAUAGCUCCAAACGAAUGUAGAUGUCAUAAAGGCUAUGUUUCAGAAAGUGGUAAAUGUGUACCGAAAUGUGACGGUUGUAGUAAUGGCAUAUGUACAGCUCCAAACACCUGUGAUUGCGAUGAUAGAUACAGCCUUUCCAAUGGCACCUGCAAACCAGUUUGCAAUCCUGAAUGUGUUAAUGCAAUGUGUGUUGGACCAAAUCAAUGCAGAUGUUUUGAAGGUUUCCGAAGUAGCAAUAGCUCAACUUGUAAAAGACACUGUGAUAACUGUGAAAAUGGAAAAUGCUUGGAAGGGAAUUAUUGCUUUUGCAACGAGGGGUACAGUUUGGUGAAAGGGGUUUGCACUCCAAGCUGUUCUUUGCCUUGCGUAAAUGCAAGAUGUGCGGCACCGAAUACUUGCGAAUGUCUGGAAGGCUAUAAACGAAAUGAGACAUCACCUAAUAGCUGUUUCAAAGCCUGCAUCUGUGAAAACGGCAGAUGUAUAGAAGAUACAUGUAUUUGUGAUGCUGGUUACGAGAAGUUGGAUGGUAAUUGCACUGAGAUAAGACCAGUGGAAUGUAAAACUUGUGAGGGAGAGUGUUCGGAUGGCAUAUGUUGGUGCAAGGAUGGCAAGCCAUGUUACCGUUUAGAAGAGCCAGCUGAAGUUGGAGCGCCUACAAAAUUGGCAGGUCUGGAGCUGGGCUGGCUCCUUGGUGGAGUUGUGGGGUUGGCAUUACUGAGUUUGGUGAUAAUAGUGAUGGGUCACAUUUGGCGGAAGCGACGAGAAUACGGCGUGAAGGAAACUGAAACAGGUGGCAACGAAAUCGGCAGCGUUGUAUACACAGUACCUGAUACGCUGUUAACUAGACGACCAGGAAGUAUCGUGAACGUCUACGGCGAAAACGAAGAUGAAAACGAAAGUGUGAACGAACCUCUACGACCAACGGACGAAGCCUUAUAG